AUGCCUAAAGCUAUAAACCGUCGAUUAAAAGGAAUACAACAUCCGCCGACCCAGAUUGACCUUGAAUUGACGGCCAACCGAAACGCUUCGUAUUUCCAAAUUCUCUAUCCCCUUUCUGACUGGUAUUAUAAUAUGGCUGACAAUGGUGGACAAGUGAGUAUAAGAAGUUCGGGAAACACUCAUGUUGUGCUCAAUGAAAGAAUUCUCUCUUCCAUGUCACGGAGAUCUGUUGCUGCUCAUCCAUGGCAUGAUCUGGAAAUUGGGCCAGGAGCUCCAGCAAUUUUCAACUGUGUGAUUGAAAUUGGAAAAGGCAGCAAAGUUAAAUAUGAGCUUGACAAAACCAGUGGCCUUAUCAAAGUUGAUAGAGUUCUCUAUUCAUCAGUUGUCUAUCCACACAACUAUGGUUUCAUACCACGCACCAUUUGUGAAGACGGCGACCCUAUAGAUGUUUUGGUCCUGAUGCAGGAACCUGUACUACCUGGUACUUACUUGCGUGCACGUGCAAUUGGAUUGAUGCCCAUGAUAGAUCAGGGUGAAAAGGAUGACAAAAUAAUUGCCGUAUGUGCUGAUGACCCUGAGUUUCGCCAUUAUACGGACAUAAAGGAACUUCCGCCACACCGUCUUGCUGAAAUUCGCCGCUUUUUCGAGGAUUACAAGAAAAAUGAGAACAAGGCAGUUGCAGUAGAUGACUUUCUGCCUGCUGAAGCAGGAAUUGAUGCCAUCAAAUACUCAAUGGAUCUAUAUGCCUCCUACAUUGUCGAAAGCUUGAGGCAAUGA